GAUGGUACGUUGCGAGUGGACUGGAGCCCGCCAAGCUCCCGGUCCGACCUUACACUAUUGGGGAGCACACAAACCUGCCUGGUGCGCAGACUGAUUCUGACAGCACCUUUGGGUGCACUGGACUUCAGCCAGGUGAAUGUUGAUGACACCAUUGAAAUGUUGCCAAAAUCAAGGCGAGCUUUGACUAUUCAAGAGAUAGCCGCGUUGGCGCGAUCCUCCCUGCAUGGUAUUUCCCAGGUCGUGAAGGACCAUGUGACAAAGCCAACAGCCAUGGCACAGGGCAGAGUUGCCCACCUCAUCGAGUGGAAGGGGUGGUGCAAGCCAAUAGAAACACCAGCCCUGGAAUCAGACUUUAAUUCUUACUCUGACCUCACGGAAGGAGAGCAGGAGGCACGCUUCGCUGCUGGUGUUGCGGAACAGUUCGCCAUAGCCGAGGCUAAACUGAGGGCUUGGUCGUCAGUCGAUGGAGAUGAUUCCAACGAUGACUCAUACGAUGAAGACUUUCUGCCUGUGAACGAGCCCGCAACACAGAGCACAGAUGUGCCAUCAUAUCCUACGUACUUAAAGGAGUUGAUCCACAGCCAGCUUUGUCAACACCUGGGCCUAGGUGGGCCAUGCUGCGAGGGAGGGGGCGGAGGAGACAGAGAGGGAGGGGGCAGCGGGGAGCCGUCCCCUACGGGGGGCUCGCCAGACACUCUGUGCUCCAGCCUGUGCAGCCUGGAUGAACACCACCCGCUUCUGCGUGACCUCAGUGGCCAACACGGAGGCCACGGCAAUGCCGCUGAGCUCGCCGCCAAAAUUCUCUCAGCUCUGCAGGGAGGGGAGGAGCUUCUGAUGGCUCGACUUCAGAGGGUAGGGCAGACGGGGCCCGGUGGGAGGGACUGCGGCUUCCGUACCUUUAGGAGCAGGGGGCCUCAUGGGGGUCAGGACUCUCCCGCGUAUUCUGGGUCUUACUCUGAGACAUACCUGUCCCCCGGGGAGGAUGACGACACCCCAUGUAAGGACUACGAGGCCACCUUGUGCCCACCGGAGGCCAACGGGGAGGAGUGCCUGUCAGAUUACGAGCCUCGAAGGAGAAUGUCUGACGUGGCCUCCUCAGGGAUCGUUUCGCUCGACGAGGAUGAAGAGGGGGACGAAACAGUUCAGGGCGAGUCAAACGACCAAUGA